AUGAAGAACACCGUCGUGACUGUCUUCUUCAGCCUCGCGUCGCUCGCCUGCUGCGCGUUUGCGCUCAUGUACCCGGCGUGGUUCCAGCAAAAGUACGCCAGCGCGAACGCGACCGUCGAGGUCUACCAAGGCUUUGGCCUCUUUGCCUUUUACUCGACGCACGCGCUCCAGACGCCGUUCUACGCGUCGGCGACGACGCUCAAGUACGUCGACUUUUGCGCGGCGAACGCGGCCGGGAAGCCGUCGCCCAACUGGAUGCUCGGCAACGGCAACGCGAUCGCCGAGAUUGUGUGUGGCUCGGCCAUGACCGCGCUGCAGUACGUCAUGGGCUGUGCGACGGGCAUUGCCGGCCUCGCGCUCCUCGGCGCGAUCGCUGCCACGUACAACCCGUCGACGGGCCUCGCCGAGCGCACG